AGUUAUUGGGAGGGAAAUUGAAGUUUCGGAGAUAGUGAAUAGGUUGAUUGAUUUUAGCCAUCGGGAUGCUCUGUCUGUUUUGCCUAUUGUUGGUAUGGGUGGAUUAGGGAAAACGGCUCUGAUGAAGGUGGUAUUCAAUCAUGAACUCAUAAAGGGGAAUUUCGAUAGAACUAUAUGGGUGUGUGUGUCUGAACCUUUUGUUAUCAAGAAGAUCUUAAGAGUAAUUUUGGAAACUCUAAAUCCCAAUUUUGGUGGUCUAGAUAGUAAAGAAGCCUUACUUCAAGAGCUCCAAAAACUUUUGAAUGAUAAAAUAUGUUUUCUAGUGCUCGAUGAUGUUUGGAAUGAGAAUCUUAGCUUGUGGAAUGAGUUGAAGGCGUGUUUGUUAAAGAUUUCUCAGAGAUCUGGAAAUGCUGUUGUUGUCACUACUAGGAGUGAUAAAGUUGCAGAAAUCAUGGAGACAGAUCCUAGACAUCAUUUGAAAAAAUUAUCUAAUGAUCAUUGUUGGUCCUUGUUCAAGAGUUAUGUAUUUGGAAAUGAAUCACUAGAUAUUCAAGAGUUGGAUAUUGUUAAGGGAGAGCUCGUUAAAAGAUUUGGUGGCAUACCAUUGGUUGUAAAAGUGUUUGGAGGAACAGUGAAAUUUGACAAGAAUCGUGAGCGAUUGCAGUCAACUUUGGAACAUCUAACGAGAGUUACAUUGGAAGGUGAAAAUCAUGUUUUGUCCACAAUAAAGUUAAGUGUGGAUCGCCUACCAUCGUCCUUGUUGAAACAAUGUUUUGCCUAUUGUUCAAAUUUUCCUCGAGACUUUGAGUUUAGAAAACAAGCACUUAUUCAAAUGUGGAUAACACAAGGGUUUAUUCAAUCACCAGAGGAACGUAAUGUAACGAUGGAGGAUGUUGGAGACAAGUACUUCAAUGUUUUGUUGUCUCGCUCCUUGUUUCAAGAUGUUGUCAAGAAUAGUAGAGGGAGGGUUAUAAGUUGUAAGAUGCACGAUCUUAUAUAUGAUGUUGCAUGUGUUAUUUCAAAUGCUCAAAAAUUGAAAUCGAAUCUUUUAGAUUCAUUGGAUGGAAAACCUUGGAGAGGCGAAGAUUAUUCAAUUGGUCAUAGAGUAAGAACACUUGAUUGUAGUGAAAAUGGUGCUAGAAAGUUACACGUGUUGGCAUUAGAUAGUCAUGUGUUACACGAUAAGGUCCCGAACUUUGUCUACUUGCGCGUUUUAAUUGCACAUUCAUGGUUUAUAUGUAAAUUACCGGAUUCAAUUGCAAAAUUGAAGCAUUUGAGAUAUCUUGACAUUUCCCAUACUACAAUAAGGGAGCUCCCAGAAUCUAUUGUUUUGCUUUAUAAUUUGCAAACCUUGAAGCUUGGAAGAUUUUUUAAUGACCUUCCAAAAAAUGUGAGAAAGUUGGUUAGUUUAAGACAUUUAGAAUUUGCCAUUGAUCCUUUUGAUGCUAAGCAAAUGCCGCAACAUUUGAGACAGUUGAUUCAACUUCAAAUGCUGUCCAGUUUUGUAGUCGGGUUUGACGAGAGAUGUAAGAUAGAAGAGCUUGGACCUUUUAAAAAUCUUAAAGGUGGAUUAAACCUUUUUUGUCUUGAGCGAGUUAGAAGUAAAAAGGAAGCCAUGGCUGCUAAUUUGGUGGAGAAAGAGAAUAUUUCGUAUCUACGUUUUCAAUGGAGUUUGAUAGGUGAACGAGAAGGAAGUAAUUAUAAUGAUUUUGAUGUGUUAGAAGGACUUCAACCACACAAAAAUCUUCAAGUUUUGAGAAUUCGCAACUUUUCUGGAGAACUUCUGCCUAAUGGUAUUUUUGUUGAAAAUUUAGUCGAGAUAUAUUUACACGAUUGUGAAAGAUGUGAAACUUUACCAAUGCUCGGACAGUUAUCCAAGCUUGAAGUACUUGAAAUCCAUUGCUUACAUAGUGUAAGAAGUAUCGGAGAAGAAUUUUAUGGGAAUUACCGCAAUGCGAGGACUUUAUUCCCAAAAUUGAAAACAUUUCAUAUUUCUGAAAUGAGCAGUCUAGAGCAUUGGGAAGAGAUAAAAUCGGUAUCAAAUGGCACAAUAUUUCCACAUCUUGAAAGCUUGAGCAUUGUUUGUUGUCUGAGAUUAAAGAGUAUUCCAAACUUUUUUGCAUCUCAUGACAAGGAGAGGCUGGGUUCAGCAAAGCUUCGAUCUCUAAAGAUUUUGGGAUGCGAAAACUUGAUAGAACUACCGAAUGGAUUAGAAUUCUGCAGCUCCCUAAAAAACAUGUGGUUAAGCAACUGUUCUAAUUUGAAUUCUGUCCCAAGCCUGCAAAACAUGCAUAACUUGUCUUCUUUAAGCAUAACAGAGUUCCAAAAGUUGCCAGAGGGGCUAGCCCAGGUCCCUAACUUGAAAAGCUUGAAUGUUCAUGGGUACUUGCAAGGCUAUGAUUGGAGUCCACUCGCACACCUGGGUUCACUUGAAAAACUUGUGUUAGCUGACUUAGGAGGAACUGCUGCAAUGCAACUUCCUCAGCAACUUGAGCACCUUACUAAUCUAAGGUCACUGCAGAUUUCGCAUUUCGAUGGCGUUGAAGCUCUGCCUGAAUGGUUCAGAAACUUUACGUCUUUGGAAAUAUUGAAGGUUUAUAAUUGCAGAAAGUUGAAAAACUUUGUCUCUAUACUUUGUCUGAUAACAUUUUGGUUUUCUUAG